AUGGGUAUUACAAUUCUACUUUCUAUUUAAAAGAAAUGCUCAAAGAAAAAUGAUAAAACUAAUAUUACUAUCUAUCUGGAAAAUUAAAUUGAAGUAGCGAAAAAUUCUUAAAAUUAAAAUGAAAAAGUAUCAUCUAGAAACACUAUAGAAACUGAAGCAAGAUUCUAAAGAGGAAAAUUGAGGAAAGCUAAAAAGACUUAGAAGCAUUAAGGGGUGGUUAAGAAUAAACAGAACUAGAGUUCCUAGAGAAGUGAUAAAAACUAAAGUAAUAGUGAUAAAGAAAUGUUAUCAUAUAAAAGUGUUUAGCUAUAACCAUCUCUUUCAAAAUCAGAUGUAUCUCAUGUAGGAAAAUCUAAAUUCUAUAAAAAUAAAAGCAAAAUUAAGAAGAAAGCAAUUGAUGAUUCAUUUACAAUUUAAACAAAUAACUAGCAGCUUGAUAGUACAAUCAACAUUUUUGAUUCUAGUAUAAAUACUCUAAAUUUAACACCUGAAGAUAUUUCUGAUUUUGAUGAAACCUUAGCACAUAACAUUGAAAGGUCAAAAAAAUCCGAAGAAAUACAUAGUGAAGAACUCAAGUAAUUUUAACAGAAUAUUAAGUAGAUUUAGAAAAAUUAAAAUAUCGCUAUAAGUAAACAUUAUUAACAAUAAGAAUUGAAAAUUUUAUCCGAACUGAAAAGCAAACUAAAAUAAUAUCAAACUCAAUGA